UCUAUGUUUUGCUAACCUAUGUAUUGUUCUAUUAUUUACAUAAACAUAAAUACAGUCACAUAUAGAGUAAUAUAGCUUAUGUACGAAAUAUCAAACACCAGCAAUUUGUGUAUGUAGAAAAGGACAGGUUAUUGAGAGAGAGAGAAUAUAUUUGCUUUUAUUGGUGCAAGAAGCUGAGAGAAAGAGAGAGAGAGAGAGAGAGAGAGAGAGAUGGGGAGGGGGAGAGUGGUAUUGGAGAGAAUAGAGAACAAGAUCAACAGGCAAGUUACCUUCUCAAAGCGCAGGAAUGGUUUGCUCAAGAAAGCCUACGAGCUCUCUGUGCUAUGUGAUGCUGAAGUUGCCCUCAUCAUCUUCUCCAGCCAUGGCAAGCUCUUCGAGUUUGGCAGCACUGACAUGGACAAAAUCCUUGAACGUUACCGCCAAUGUUGUUACUCACAAGCCAAUAAUGUGGUUGAGGAGGGAACGCAGACCUUAUACCAAGAAGUCUCAAGGUUACGCGCCAAUUAUGAAUCUCUUCAGCGUUCACAAAGGCAUAUGCUUGGAGAAGAUCUGGAAUCACUUAAUCUGAAAGAGUUGCAACAUCUUGAGAAACAGCUCGAUAGAACUCUCUCACAAGCAAGACAGCGGAAGACAGAGAUGAUGUUAGAACGAUUAGAAGGACUACGCAAAAAGGAGCAAGAUCUAGGAGAAAUAAACAAACAGCUUAAAUCUAAGCUUGAGGAACAUGGUCAAUGUACUGAAGCUAUUCAAGAGCCAGGAAAUCCUAGCACAGUAGCACGUGAUAACCAGCUUAAGGUGCAUACUCCACAAGCCAAUCACAAGGACUCUGAACCCAACUUACAGAUGGGGUACAACCAACCUCUUCCCCCAGAAGAAGCAAUGGCAACAAGGAACUUAGCAGGUGGGAGUAGCCGUAACCAGGGUUGGCUUCUUUGAAGGGUUCCCACAAGCUUUUCCAACCUGAACUAGAGGAUGCCAAGUGAUGUCUCUCUAAUUGUUGUGUGACUAAUAAUUAAUUAUGGAACCGUGCAUUUGAACUAGUAAAUAAUGAAUAAACAUAUACAUAUAUCUAUGAAUAUUUGUGAUGCAGUAUGCAACAUAUGAUUGUAAGUGUGCAUUUAUUUGCUAAUGAUGAUUU